GGAGCAGGAUCAGAGCCGUUAGCGUUGAUGGUCACUGUUGCUUCGGGCGCAGGUAUGGUUUUCUCUGGGUUGCCAUUUCAACUAGACGGCCUCUGGUAGACCAGACCUCGAUCCUCUGUCUUUAUCUGCUUUGCAGAGGUGGGACCAUCUCUCUUGCACAAAGUCAGCCCCGGCUCGCAAACACUCCGCCCCGCACAAAGAUGGCGCGGAGACGGGCUGGGCCAAUGGAGUGUGGCGUUGCUCGCGGUUGCCUAGGUAACAGCCAAUGGGCAGCGGGGAUUGUGCCCAGUGCGGUGGCCGGGAUGGCGGUGUCAAGUGGGGCAAGUGCUGGUGGAGGUGGCAGAGAGCAAGGUGGCAGCCGGGAGCCCAGGAAAAGUCCGAGGCGCUGGAGCCCUGCGUCGAGGCGUGACGGUCAUCCCGAAAGGCCGGCCCCAGGUUGGCUGCAGGCGCGGCGCGGGAGGGAGGGUGCCGAGACAGACUGUAAUCGGCCAGACAGAGUUCCCCUCUGUGGCCUAGACUGGAGUGCAAUGGCACUAUCUCAGCUCACUGCAACCUCUACCUCCCGGACUCAAGCGAUUCUCCUGCUUCAGCCUCCCGAGUAGCUGGGAUUACAGUUUUCAUUCUUUUAUCCUGUAAGCUGUCACCAUGACCCUGACAAAAGGUUCCUUCACCUACUCCAGUGGGGAGGAAUAUCGUGGCGAGUGGAAGGAGGGCCGCAGGCAUGGUUUUGGUCAACUGAUGUUUGCAGAUGGUGGUACCUACCUGGGUCAUUUUGAGAAUGGGCUCUUUAAUGGCUUUGGGGUAUUGACCUUCUCAGAUGGUUCAAGGUAUGAGGGGGAGUUUGCCCAGGGCAAGUUUAACGGUGUCGGAGUCUUCAUUCGACAUGACAACAUGACCUUUGAGGGGGAAUUUAAAAAUGGCAGAGUAGAUGGUUUUGGCCUGCUGACUUUCCCCGAUGGUUCUCAUGGAAUCCCCCGAAAUGAAGGUCUCUUUGAGAACAACAAGCUGCUGCGGCGUGAGAAGUGUUCCGCAGUCGUUCAGCGGGCCCAGAGCGCCUCCAAGUCAGCCAGAAAUCUCACUGCCUGACAGCGCCGUGGGUAUCAGCUGACAAGUAUUGGGAAAAGCCAGUGCCCCCGUUGUUGACUCGAGGUGAGCAAAUGAACCAGAGCUGAGAUAAGUUGACAAUGACAGUGGAGCAAGGGCCUUAUAUGUGCCCUGUCACCUGCCAACCCAGAACUGGACCACAGAAAAGUGCUGAGGAUGCUGGCCAGCAGAGCCUGCAGCAGUCGUUGGCGGUGCUGUCUUUCCCUGACCCCUGUGUGCUGGAAGACAGAGGAACCGCCUCUUCUCACUGGUUGAUACUCUGUUCCUAAGACCUCAGGUUACCCUAUGCAGCCUGCUGUGACCCUUCUGCUUCAUUUUCUGCCAAGUGAUACAGAAUCUCUUCGUUCUGCUGCUUUUGGGGCAGGUGAUCCUAGCCCCAGCUUAGGGCCAGUGCUCUGUGCUAACCUGGAGAAAUAGGAAAAAGAUAGGGGUGGCUCAGUACAGCAGCCCUGUGAAAGUCAAGGCCAGAGCUUUUCUUUUUAUUAUUAUAAAAAAUCGAGUUAGGGUCUUGCUAUGUUGCUCAAGCUUCCUCUCCAACUCCUGGGCUCAGGUGAUCCUCCUGCCUGGGCCUGCCAAAGAGCUGGAAUUGCAGGCAUGAGCCACCAUGCCUGGCUGGCAGAGCUUUUCCGUACAUUACUUUUUUUUUUUUUUUUUUUUUUUUUUAAGACAGGGUUUCACCAUGUUGGUCAGGCUGGUCUUGAACUCCCGACCUCAGGUGAUCCACCUGUCUUGGCCUCCAAAAUGCUUGGAUUACAGGCGUGAGCCACCACGCCCGGCCGUAUGUUACUCCUUAUGCUGGUUGGAAUCAUGGCUCCAGGCUUCCACUUUGUCUGAUCGGACUGAUAUUCAUUCCUGCCUAUGCCCCUGUGAAGGAUUUGGUAAGAGUGCUAUUUCCUUCUCCCUUUAGAAGACACGCUGUCUUCCUUCACCAAGUUACAGCAGAUAAUCCCUAUGUGUGCCUCUCUCCUUCGUUAGAUGGAGAACAGGAUACCUUUUUGGGACAGUCAAGAAAGAAACUCAUGUAAACAGUAAUCUUAUUACUUGUAUUUGUGACUAACUCCAGGGAAAAGGAUAGAAUGUUUAGGCCACUUCAGGCCCUACCAUGAGUGAACUGAAUUCAUAGGGAUGGCCUGGGCUGACACAGUUUCUUCCCAGUGGACCAAUAAAUCAGACUUACCUGAACCCCUGGGAUUUUGGUAGAAUUGGACCUACUCUAGGACUGUAGGGAACUAAAGGAGCAUUUGGCUCACUGUAGCUCUUCUAUCAUAAGCCUUGACCAUCAGGUCGCAAUCACACCUUACUGAUGGGAUCUCUGCAGAGUUUAUCAUGGAGGCCUCCCCUUACCCCAGUACACAAAUACAUCCCCCACCUCUAGCUCCCUAGCCUCACACUGAAUGUCUCCUCAACAGCAGAUUGUGGUGGAAGUAAUAGCCGUGUGCCUCUAUUUAUUCUCUGAGUUGUACUGUAGAAACAGGUGUUUAUAAGAAUAAAGAAAUCACCAGAACUGCC